UUUUUGCUCAUUAUCUCCAUCGUUUGCGGUACGGCACUACGGCGUUCUUUUCUUCUUUGAUGCUUAUUUAAGAAAAUCAUUACAUUUAGUCUUGUGGUGCAAUCGUUUAUAAUGUUUACUACAAUGAAUGUCAUUUAAUAUCCAACAUUAUAUUAUAUAGUAUUAUUCAUAGUGUGUACAAUUUUAUCCAAAAUGAUUCCUGAAUUUUGUGUUUUUUACGGAGUGCUUACGUUUUCAUGGAUAGAGUUUCUUUGGGAACAGUAUUUGUCGUUAAGACAGAGACGUGUUUACAAAACAACUGAAAAGAUUCCAGGAAAACUAGAUGGCGUAUUAGACGUAGAAACAUUUCAGAAAGCAAAAACUUAUGGUCUGGAUAAAAAUACGUUUGGUAUUACUAAAGAAUGGAUCAAUAUGAUUAUUUCUACCGGUUUUAUUUGUUUAAAUGGUUUUACCUUACUGUGGAAUCUUAGUAAAAAUUGUUUGGCCAAUACAAGAUACGCAGAAAGCGAAAUCAUGACCAGUUGUAUAUUCCUUCUGGUAUCAAAUACUAUGAGUACAAUUAUUUCUAUACCUAUAUCUGCGUAUAACACUUUUGUUAUAGAAGAAAAACAUGGUUUCAAUAAACAGACAAUGAAUUUCUUCAUUAAAGAUAAUUUGAAAGAAUUCUUGCUAAUCCAAGUCAUUGGUUUACCGAUUACCGCAGCUUCAAUAGCCAUUGUAAAAUGGGGCGGACGUUAUUUCUUCAUUUGGCUUUGGGUGUUUGCGGUAGUAACCUCGCUAUUUUUAAUGACUAUAUAUCCAGAAUUUAUCGCUCCACUGUUUGACAAAUACACUCUAUUGCCGGAAGGAACUUUAAAAAGCAAAAUCGAAGAACUUGCAAAACAGGUCAACUUUCCGUUAUACAAAGUUUAUAUUGUUGAAGGUUCGAAAAGAUCAGCUCAUAGUAAUGCCUAUUUCUAUGGAUUUUUCAAGAACAAACGUAUUGUUCUUUACGAUACACUGUUGAAGGAUAAUAAAGAAGAGAAUGGUAAGGGAAUGGACGAUGAUGAAAUAUUAGCUGUUUUAGGUCAUGAACUCGGACAUUGGAAAUUAAACCAUAUUUUAUUCUUCAUCAUGAUAUCACAGGUCAAUUUGUUUAUCAUGCUCUUUGUCUUUGGCUGGCUGUAUGACAAUUCGAUGUUGUAUCGAGCCUUUGGAUUUUAUGAAACUACUCAUCCCGUUAUUAUUGGUCUAGCGAUUAUAUUCCAAUAUGUAUUUUCACCUUACAACACUGUGAUAUCAUUCGCAAUGACAACAUUGAGCAGGCAGUUGGAAUUUCAAGCGGACAGAUUUGCCAAAAAACUAGGAUUUGCAAAGUCACUGGAGAGUGGAUUAAUUAGAUUAAACAAUGACAAUCUGAGCUUCCCAGUUUAUGACUCUCUGUUCUCGGCAUGGCAUCAUUCUCAUCCACAAUUGUUGGAACGCUUGGAGGCAAUUUCAAAGACAGACUGAACGGUUUUCUAUAUUUUCAUAAAAUUUUGUUCUAUAUAUAUAAAAUUCCACAAAACAUACACAAUAUGAAAAUCUCAUAUUUAGUUUCUGGCACUUUUUUUUUUUUUUUCAUUAAAGUUUGCAUUCUUCACUUAAGUUUUGAGGUAUAAUUUUUUGUGUGAGUGUGCGCCAAUUAUCUAGUCCGCACGGUGAAGGACAACCGGGUAGUUCGAGUAAUUGAAUGUUUGAUUCUUUCCAUUCGUAGUUUUUGUUGUAAAGAAGCUAAUUUAUAACGGAAUAAUCAUUUAAUUUAAUAACAUUUGUGUGUAGUUAUUUAUUUAUAGAUAUUUUUAUUUACCUUUACUAAUGUUUCAUUUGAAGGUGUUGCAUAUAACUCCAUAAGAACUGCUGCCCCAUAGUAUGGGUAUACUAUGCCUGGUAUGUUCAACGCGUUAAGUAAAGGGACAAUAGUCGAAUCGUGUCCAACGUGUAAAUAUAUUUUUUUGGCGUCUGGUGAUUUAUUUAAAACUGCAUUCAUACGAUUCAACACAUUACCUAAUAAAUCUCCUAAAAUGUUAUUUAAAAAAUGUUUUUAUUGUUUACAUAUAAUGUGGUGUAUACAAGUUAGUUGGCACCUAACAAAGGAAGAUAAAAGUCUUCUGAAACGUUGACGACAUGUAAUUACAAGUGUAACUGAAAACCCUGUUAAAUACCCUACACAAACUUAAACUUAUUUAUAUACACUUAGCAAAGAAAUUCAAGAAAAUAUAUAAUAUUCAACUUAAGCCCCUUUAACCUAUUUUCUCUUUGGAUACGACACUGCCGAGACUAAUAUUGAUUUAUGUAUGAUAGUUCAAAAUGAGGUUACCUGAAAACAAACGUUUCAUUUGAUCAGAUUUACUGUUCGUUAUUUUCAUGCUCAACAACAUGAAAUCCUCGAUAUCAUUAAACCGUUUUAUCGCCCAACUAGGAAUUGAAUAGUUUGCCAUGCGCUAUAAAAAUAUUUGUUUAAAUUACAUUAUUAAAAGUACUUGCAUAGAAAAAUAUAUAAGUUACAUAAGCUAUGUACUAUUUGUUGUAGUCAUAAUAAUAGUUAUGUAUUUUAUUUAUAUAUUUGAGUGAAUUAAUGAAUGAAAUUUAAUGUUGUGCGAGUUUUCAUAGUGUAUAAAAAAUAAAAACAUUCAAUAUGGAAUUUAUGUCAUUUACCGUAGGUAAAUAAAUUAAUG